UAUCAGUGAGCGGGAGUGCGCGAGAGAGUGCGGUGUCGGCCUCAGUGCGCGCACAACACAUGCGCUGGACCGGGAUUUUUAACAGCUGGUAGAAUACCAGUGACUAAUGUGCUUAACUUGUAAGAUUGUGUGUCAGGUAUUGCGCAGCUUGUGUUGCUAACUUUAUGUGUUGAGAAGGACGCUAAGAUUCUCCUUCUUGCGAGGAAUCUUGACUACACACCGUCACAGCUGCUGGGUUGUGUGAAGGUCGCCAUGUUGGCGGUCAUGUCUGGGGUAAAGAGGGAGCGUCCGCCCACGCCCACAUCUCCGUCUCAUCACCCGCCCACGACACAUACACCCACGACCACGCCUCCCACGCCUCCUUCACCCCAACCACCAACCGAGCCUCUGAAUUUUUCACGCCCCAAGCCGCUCUUGUCCGACCCUCCCAUGCCGCCCACGAGUCUUCACGCCUGUUUGAGUAUGGAGAUGGCGCGGGCGGGUAUAUGUGGAAGCGGUGGGCGGCUUGGGAUGCUGGGUGGUCACCCUGGGCGGCUGGGCGGCCUUGUGCCACCUCUCCUGCCAGCUUCAUCACUCUUUCCACACUUACGCUUCAAUCUUGGUCACGAAGAGGGAGAGGAGAGAGGACUGAAGCGACCGCUGGAGAAUGACUUCGAAGUUCACCACCAGCUAGACCUGACCUCCCUGGAGGGACAGCAGCGGCCCAUGCGCCUCGAACCCCCACACUUGGAAGAGCCACGCAGAAAACAGCGAAGAUACCGAACAACCUUCACUACCUACCAACUGGAGGAGAUGGAAAAGGUGUUUCUUAAGACACAGUACCCAGACGUUGUAACCAGGGAGGAGCUGGCGAUGAAAAUAGGCCUAACAGAAGCAAGAAUUCAGGUCUGGUUUCAAAACCGACGAGCCAAAUGGAGGAAACAGGAGAAAGGUCUGACUGGCGCCAGUGGUGGUGUGUCAUCCUCCUCAUCACCCUACUCAUCACUUGCCAGCAAACUGACCGCUUUCUCUAGCUACCAGCGUCCCCCACGGUCAACCCACGAUCAAUCUGGCUUCCCGUCUCUCCUCUACUCCCACGCUUCCUCCUCCUCCUCUUCCUCUUCCAUCUCUCCUUCCACGUCUUCGUCGGGACAAUCUGUGUUCCCACCUCUGCUGCCGUUGGUGAGGGAUCCGCGUACUACUGCUGCCUACAGGUACCCACUCCUCAAUCACCUGAGUAACCCACUUCUCUACCCACCCUCCUUUCACGCCCUCCUCGCCCAGCUCUCCGCCCACCACAAGGCUGAGUCCGCCCUGGAGCCUAGCCACAACACUGCUGAAUCUGACAGAGAAUCUGCUCAUGAAUCCUCCAAGCACAAAGCCGAGAUGGCCAACGACUCCCCAAGAGAAGAUGAUCCCUUCAACUUCGAUCCUCGUGAUGUUCCGGAGGACCGGAUACCUUUGAGGACGCACAAGGAAGCGUCCUCACCGAAUCCUGACCAAGAGACUGGAGACGGAGGCGUGGAUGAAGUAAAGAAUAAAGACGAAAGAACGAACGAAGAGAGGACAAGUCCAGGAAGGAGCCUUGGAGUGAAGCGGGUGAGUUCCGCUUCCCCUGAACCGCCUAGAUCACUAGAUGUCAAGGGUUUGGCCACGCUGCGGGCCCUAGAGCAGUACCGAGGGACCUUAGACCUACACGCCCUGGAGGAAUACCGAAGAGCCUUGGAGAUGCGCAGCCUGGAGGCUCGCGCUGCGCAGAUAAAUGCCCAAGCACAUCUAGAGGCUCCUCACCUCUCCAGAAGGUCAACACCUUCACCGGAUCCCGUCCCAUCUACGCACACGCCUCCAGAAUCACCCUCCCUCAACGAAGAAUCCCUCACUAUCAAACGGCCGGAGUACAACAUAGAUUCUCUAUUGAAGAAGGAGACAUGAGGUCACCUCGUGUUUAAAUUUUGAUAGCAUUUCCCACAAUAAAUUAAAAAAAAGACAUGCGAGGAACAAAUAUGACAUGUGUAGCAGCCAUGUUUCAUUCUCCAGAAGCUUUGCAAAGCCAAUACAAGCAGUACAAGAACACAGAGAGCGAAACGAGGCUGUAAGAAACGUCUCAUUAGUUGCUCAAGUAUCCUUUUUAACGAACAGGCUCUUUCAGCAUUGCAUUAAUGAUAUACAAUACUAACAAGUUGAUAAAUAAGACGUAAGUGCAACACCUGGGUAUCUUUUAAAUGAAUAUGUCUCUAAUCAGCUGCUGUUUCAGUCUAAUACAAUAUUCCGUCUUUGUACUGGAAUGAAAAACAUUGAUUAGGAAAACGUCUCCAUCAAUAAAGUGUAAGUGUGACGCAGUGUAUGGUUUCUCGUCCCGGCUAAAACUUCGAAUCUCCAUCAAUAAAGAUAGCCAACUGUUACACAUGUGUCUUGUUCAACAGGUCUACUCAUGAUGAUACUUUUAAACUACCUCCGCGUCCACGCUAUUGUAAUAUUUAUCUAUUCGCAAACGUUGGAUUUAAUAUUAGAUUAAACAAAUCGUGAGGUUGGCUGAUCUAUGAGUCCGGCCUCAGACUAGGCUUCAAGAAGUCGUCUUUCAUAGCAACGUCCAUUUAAGACAUGGCCUCCAAGGAGACGUCCUCCAGUUAGACAGCCAUCGAGAAGACGUCCUCUAAGAUGUUUUUCAAGAAGACGUCCUUCAAGGAGACAGGCUUCAAAGUGACAUCCUUCAAGAAGACGCAAUUCAAGAAGAACAUCUUCCCUUCUUACCUACAACACAUAGUACAGCCCACCACUAAAACCAUUAAACAUAAACCUUUAUCAAACAUUCUUUUGUUACGAAUGAUAAUCAUUCAUAAUAUUUAUCAUCAUCGUAAGUUAGAACAAACUAUGAUUAUUGAAUAGUCUUUCUGUUCUACUGUAAAUAUUGAAGAAAAAACGUGCUGAAAGAACCACCAUUGGGACAACGUUUCUCUCUGAACCUGACAAAACUUUACGAAGAAAGAAACAUUGUCGCAGUACAGACUUGGUGUACUAUUGUCGAUAGUACACCAUUUUGAUUUAGUGUAAAUACGGUUCGAUAAGACCGCUUCAGUAUGGGAAAGUAGAGGAGUCUUAGCUUCCCUUGAGACGGGUCGUCGCUACCUUGAGAGGGGUCGUCACCACCUUAGAGAGGGCUAGCUGCCCCCUCUUCGAGAAAAUAUCUCCACAACUUUGAUAUAAACUUGAGAAUCUAUAAGAUAAUCCUUCACUUCAAACUUUAAAUCACUUGAAAUCUAUGACAGGCUUUCAAAAAGAGAGAAACUAAGACAGAAGUUAGAAAUUUGACUCUUUCAGCACUUCUAACAUUAUUAAGCAGACCCAAGUUAGCUUUAUGUUAGCUAAGACUUUAGUUUACACCAUAAUUUAUCUAAGAUCCCUGCAGCCUACACAAUAGACUAGCAUACACACUACAGUGGUACAGUGGUACCCUCAGAUAUUCCUAUGCACCCUACUGUCCUAUGUUGUACUUGUGUAUGUAUCCCUGUUUCUCGUGUAUUUUCUACUAACUUGAUUAAACCCACUGUGUGGGCGAAACGUUUUUGUUAAUAAAGGUAUCCACAACAUCUAAGUGUCAUUUCGUCCACCUUGUAGUUAAGUGUUUGUUGAUAUACGCAUUUUGAGUCUAGUGAUUUUUUUGUUUUUACAUUUUUACAGGAGAUUGUUGUCGCCACAGUGAUUUAAGAAUUAACAGAUACAUUUCUGGAACUUCAACUUCUCCGGUUUUCUGAUUCAUUACCGUAGCUAGAAUUUUAAGCUUAGGAGCAGCUUAAAAUUCAUAAGAUGCUGGGAAAAAAAAAUCACAGAAAACAUCUUGAAAAACAUAAUUUUUAGUAUGUAUGUGAAAUUUCUUAAAGUGUCGUACUUGUUCUUAAAAUAUCGCACUUUUUGUGGUCACAGGAUAAUAUAAUACAGUGAAAAUUAGCAAUUAAUUGAAAAAAAUUGCAUCGGGGGCUUUAGUCCCCCUUAGCUCCCCGUGACUUAUUCACU